AUGGACAAAGUUCAAGCGUUUGGGAAGAACUUCACUGCGACUUUCUCGCCGUUUGCCGCUCGAACGCAGCAGUUUGUGAAGGAGCAGCUAGGACAAGCUGAGGAUAAGACCCAACUUCCAGACGACUAUCUUGAGCUUGAGAAGCGGGUCGAUGCAUUAAAAGCUGUUCACCAGAAACUCCUUCAGGUGACGUCUCAAUACUCGAACGAGGCGUACGAUUAUCCUCCAAAUAUCCGGGAGUCCUUUAACGACCUUGGCCGGACAAUUAGCGAGAAAGUUCAGCUUCUCUCCCACGCGACCACUCCCGGCGAGGCCCAAGCCGCCCUUACAGCACCCCCAUCCGCGAAACCCCAACCCAAGACAUUCAGUCAUGCCAUUGCCCGCUCCGCGCUGUCGGGCUCGCACAUGCUCACACAGAGUCAUCCAGACGAGCCGGAGGACCCGUUGGCCGUGGGCUUGGAGAAGCUUGCGCUUGCUUCGGAAAAGAUUGGAGAGGCCAGACUCACUCAAGAUGCUCAGAUCCAAAGCCGCUUCCUAGCCGGGUGGAAUACUACCCUGAAUACCAACUUGAUGUUCGCGACGAAAGCUCGCAGGAACGUGGAGAAUGCUCGCCUGAUGUUGGACUCUACUAAGGCAAAUAAAGGCGUGGUAAAGGGAGAUGUUGACCGCUUGGGCGAAGACGCUCGUCAGGAAAUCGAGCAAGCUGAGGAUGAGUUUGUUGGCCAGACCGAAGAGGCCGUUGGUGUGAUGAAAAACGUGCUUGACACCCCUGAGCCGUUACGCAAUUUGGCAGACUUAGUUGCUGCGCAGCUCGAGUACCACAAGAAAGCGUACGAGAUUUUGAGCGAGCUGGCUCCUGUCAUCGACGGCCUGCAGGUGGAACAGGAGGCCAACUACCGCAAGAGCCGAGAGGGAGCUUAA